CAGCCCUGGGCCGGUCCCGCCCCAGCGCGGUCGGCAGUGCAGGAGCCGGGGCCGGGCAGGGACAGCGCUCCCUUUCUGUGUGCGGCGGAGCCUCGACCGCCGCUGCCCACCCUCACCCGCGGCGCCAUGGAGGGGCGCGGGGUGGCGGAGGGCGGCGAUGUCUGCAUGUGCCAGCCCGUGUUCCCGGCCCACGCCGACCACCGCGACGAGCUGAGCGCUGGGCAGCUCCUCAAGUGGAUGGACGCCACUGCCUGCCUCGCAGCUGAGAAACAUGCUGGUGUGUCUUGUGUGACUGCAUCUAUGGAUGACAUACAGUUUGAAGAGGCUGCCAGGGUUGGACAAAUUAUUACCAUCAAAGCAAAGGUGAACAGAGCAUUCAAAACCAGCAUGGAGGUUGGCAUCAAGGUUACAGUACAGGAUGUUUUGACUAAUGUUGAAAAAAUUGUGAGUGUGGCAUAUGCAACAUAUGUAGCCAAACCAGUUGGUGCUGGAAAGAUUGAAUUAGAACCUGUAAAGCUGCUGUCUACAGAAGACCAGGUGGAACACAGCCUGGCUAUUGAGAGAAGAAGAAUCCGACUGGGCUAUGAACAGGUCUUUCAGAACCUAAUGCAGGAGAGUAAUAACGAAGAUACUUUUGAAGAGGAAGAUGCAGUUUCAACUGAACUUACUCAUGUACAGAGUACUGAGCUUGUCCAGCCUCCUCAUGCUAACCAUCAUGGAAACACUUUUGGUGGCCAGAUCAUGGCUUGGAUGGAGACAGUGGCAAGUAUUUCAGCAAGCCGCCUUUGUCGUUCAUAUCCUGUCCUGAAAUCAGUCAAUAUGUUUAAAUUCUGGGGACCAUCCGUCGUGGGUGACCGCCUUGUUUUCAAUGCAAUUGUGAACAAUACAUUUCAGAACAGUGUUGGUUUGGGUGUACGCAGAGGUGAGGCUUUGCCAGUUGCAGUUUGGAAUAAAUGGCUGCAGCCCAGCUGGAAUUCUAUCUUUAGUGUGGAGGUUGGUGUCCGUGUUGAGGCUUAUAACUGUGAAGAAUGGAUCAAGAACCAGGCACGGCACAUUAACAGCGCGUUUCUCAUUUUUAAUGCUUUAAAUGACAAUGGAGAGCUGCUCACCCUCCCCAGAAUCAAACCUACUACACAGGAUGGUAUGAGGCGGUACCGUGGAGCUAUUGCCCGAAGGAGAAUUCGACUAACCAGAAAAUGCAUACUAUCUGCUAAAGUAGACGAACCUUCUGAUCUCUGGGAGCAAAGCAACCAGGCAUAUAUAAGUUACAGCAAUAUAGCUGCACUGACACACCUAGCAGCAAAACCAGGAUGGGAAAUAACCAGUACACUGGAUGAUUGUUCAGUACUGUGUCCAGGGCUGAAAACCAAAACUCCCAGAGCUUACCCAAAAUGUUGCAAAGCAAUCUCUGCUUGUCCGGAACACUGCACAAACUGGAAGUACCAUGGAGUUACUUCUAAGAUGGUCUGAAUGGCUGGUGAACACAAGGACUUGGAUCCCAGAAGGGCAGAAUUGCCAGCAACUGAUCAGUUGUGGUUGUUGAGCAACGGACAAGGAGAAUGUAAAAAUGCAAACAAACUCGUAUCUCAUUUUUGUGAGGCGUUUUAUUUUCCCCAACUGACAUGCUUGGUUUUGCAAUUUGGUUUUGCCAAAUGGUUUGAUUCCACUGAAACACCGAAGUUGGACGUCUUUGAUGAGGCAGUGCUGUUGAUGAUCUGUGGUGCUUCUCAUGUCACUAUGAUAACUAAAAUAUGUGUGGCACCCUGUAAUAUACUGUCUUGACCAGCUUUCCAGCAUGGGAGAUACUCCAAAGUAGCAGACAUUAUCUGGUAGUAGUUCCAAGUGGACACUCCCAAUGGGCAGGUGGCAGGAAUUUAUAUACCAUAUUUUUCAGCCCCUGUUUUCUCAAUAGAAUCACAGGAUCCCAGACUGGUUUGGGCUGGAAGGGACCUUAAAGCUCAUCCAGUUCCAACCCCCAGCCAUGGGCAGGGACACCUUCCACUAGACCAGGUUGCUCCAAGCCCCGUCCAACCUGGCCUUGAGCACUGCCAGGGAUGGAGCAGCCGCAGCUUCUCUGGACAACCUGUGCCAGGGCUUCACCACCCUCACAGGGAAGAACUUCUGCCUAAGAGCUCAUCUCAAUCUCCCCUCUGUCAGGUUAAAACCAUUCCCCCUUGUCUUGUCCACUUGACUUUUCCUGUGCACAUUUUUGCUUCCAGAUAUCUUUACUUCUGUCCUUUUUCUGUUAAAAAAUUACAAAAGCCUAAAAGCAAAGCACCUCCCUGUUCAUUGGUCAGUGUUGUAAACUCAAAAUCAGUCAGGAAUCUUGUGUGAGCCAGUUUUAAGAUAGGAAGAUGUUGUUAAGAAAACCAGUAGCAAGAUAAUUUAGCUGGGAAAAUUCUUUUAACUUAAUUGAAGUGCAUGUUUCCCAAACUAUUGAGGGAUACCUGUUAAGGUUUGGCUUCUGAAAUAUGGUUAGUGACUGGCAGAUUAAGAUCAUGUAGACUCAGAGGUGUUAGGGGACAAGAAAAAACUGUUAAUAUCUUUAAGUCUGUCUUCCUGCAUGUCACAGGUUAUGAAACUUCUCUUACUGAUUAUUGCAUCUAGUCAGUAAGCUACUUGAGUAAGACAAUACAUAUAAUUCAUAAGGAAUUCCAGUGAUGGCAAAUACACCAGUUCUGUGUGUAGGUUGUUCCAGUGGUUAAUAACUUUCAGUAAACACUGUUGUGCCAAAUAUAUGACAGACAGCACUCAUCCUCAAAAAAGCAAGCUUGAACAAUCAGAAUGAAAAUUGAGCGUUAUUUUCAAGUUUCUGCUAAGACUGUGUUAUUAUCCGUGUGAAACUUCCUUUCUGCAUCCACUGGUAGUGCCAUAAUCUCAGUUUCUUUCCUUCUUAACAGCAAAUGCUUGAAACCUGUAAUAAAAAUAGCAUUAAAUGUUGUGAAGAAAUGACUUCACACAAAAAAACCCAAGCCCCAUGCACAUUCUAGAUGACAUUUUAAAACAGCAUUAUGUUAUUUCUCUCAGCAAGCCACUAGGUACCUUCCAGUAUUGCUGAAGUGUGGAGCUCUCUCCCCUUUUUUGGAUAUCAUAAAAUAGUCUUGACAGUAAGAUCUGCUUCUAAGCCACUUGGGACUCAUGUGGUGGAAAAUCUUGAGUAGCUUUUUCUAGCUGUUCUUUCAUCUAAUUGAAGUAUCUUAAAUCCAGCAAAAUCUCAGGCAGGAUGUAGGAUGAUGUCAUGAUUCAACCCGUUUUAGAUGGUUAAGGUAGAAAUCACACUGAUGCUGUCAAUGGGUAAAGACUAACCAUCUAUUCCCAUUGUUCUGGACAUUUCUGCAUAAUCUGGCAUUGUCAGUCCUUAGAUAUUCCUUUAAGAAGUGUCAGGGAUCCAGGGCAGCACACUGCUUUUUUUUUUUAUCCCCGGGAUAUAUGCUGACUGCAUAUACACAGGAUAUAUACGGUAUAGAUGCAGCUCCAAGGAAGAGUUUGUGCCAGCUCCGCUUAAUGAAACUUACUGUCUUGGCUAGUGUUAGUUUGGUGCACUUGUCACCAUUUCACGCUCACUUUUGUCACUUUUGCAAACAUAAGCACAAGGGGAUAUCCCUUAAGAAACUAUACCUAGCUCAGAAUCUUUCCUUAAACACUGCAGGCCAGCACACACACAUCCUACCAGUCUUACGUUCUCUGCACUCAUGCAGCAGGUCUUGAUCUUCAUCCUUGGUGUAUACAGUGGUGUAGACACAGAAAACUACUUAGCCUUCUCUGAAAGACAUGCAUAGCAGCAUCUCCAGGCAAACAGACCUCUUCAGUGUCCAUUAAAUGGUUUCUUGGGGAGGGGCUGAGAGAACAAAGAGUAGGAAUCUGGUAGUAGUAGUGGUCAGUGCUCUGCCUGAAGGCAGUCGCACUAUAGGAAAGGAGACUGUCAAGGACAUUAGGCUGAACUGUGUUUGAGAUGAAAUAGUCUAGUAGGUAGGUUUUACAAAGUAGCAUGUGCUUCUCUGUAUGCUGAGGAUUUUUUCCCUGGAACUAGAAGGACCCCAAUUUGAUUGACAACUUUUGAAGGUAGAAAGUGGCACUUCGACAUAGAGCCACAAGGCUUGCAGGCAUAUAGUAGUAAUCUAGCCUUACCAGUGUUCACCUAGCAGGGAGAUGUUUUAACAGCUGCACAUCCUGUUUUCUUUAGGAGAAGACUCCUAAAACAUGAUUUUCUUUCUAUGCCUUAGAGCAAUAUUGAUUCAUGCAUCCUGUAGCUGGUUACUAAAGCUCUUAGGCUCUCUGCUAUGCGCCAGACUUUAUUUCAGCAAGAUGCUUGCUGCGUUAUGCUGGUUUUUUUUCCCUAUGCCAAGACAUGAAAAUAUGAAAACACACAAAAUCUUUGCUGUUGCACAAAUGUGCCAUUAACCAAAAGAUAUAUAGCAAAAAAAAAAAAAAAAAGAGAUCAUGAAACUUACUAAUUUUGUAUCACUUAGAAAUGAAAAUC